AUGACAGUGCUAUUUGAUUUAGGACUAAUUCUCGGCUGCCUCGCCCGACAUGAAUGUGGGAUUGACUUGAUUGAACCACCUAGGAACAUACUCGAUCGGAUGCACAUGUUUCAUGCACCACAUGUCUUGCCGAAGGCUAAUACCCAAGCCAGGGUUGCGACAAAUCGUAAUCAUUCUCCGAGAACGUUUCUAGAUUUAGCUUGUAAAUCAAACUGGCUUCAGGAACCAGCAGCACAUCCAGAUGCGAGCACCCAGUUUUAG